AUGGUUGCCAUCAAAGCCUCUCUCCUCCUCAGCGCUGGUGCGCUUGCUGCUGCUGUUCCUACGGGCCUGGAAGCUCGUGCCAGCUGCACAUUCACUGACGCUGCCUCCGCCAUCAAGGGCAAGGCUUCUUGCACUGCCAUCGUGCUGAACAACAUUGCUGUUCCCGCCGGUACCACCCUUGACCUUACCAAGCUCAAGUCUGGAACCACCGUCACCUUCCAGGGUACCACCAGCUUCGGCUACAAGGAGUGGGAGGGUCCUCUCAUCUCUGUCUCCGGUACCAAGAUCACCGUCAAGGGUGCUUCCGGCCACGUCAUCGACGGUAACGGUGCUAAGUGGUGGGACGGCAAGGGUACCAACGGCGGCAAGACCAAGCCCAAGUUCUUCUACGCCCACUCCAUGGAGCAGUCGACCAUCUCCUACUUGAACGUCAAGAACACCCCUGUCCAGGGUUUCUCCAUCAACGGUGCCACCGACCUCACCCUUGACCACAUCACCAUCGACAACACCGCUGGUGACAAGACCAACGGUGGCCACAACACCGAUGCUUUCGACGUCGGCAGCUCCACUGGCAUCACCAUCUCCAACGCCAACAUCAAGAACCAGGAUGACUGCCUUGCCAUCAACUCUGGCACCAACAUUCACUUCGUUGGUGGUACCUGCAGCGGUGGCCACGGUCUGUCCAUCGGCUCCGUUGGUGGCCGCAAGGACAACGUCGUCAAGGGCGUGGUGAUUGAGAACUCCAAGAUCAUCAACUCUGACAACGGUGUCCGCAUCAAGACCGUCUCUGGUGCCACUGGCUCCGUCAGCAACAUCACCUACAAGGACAUCACCCUCCAGAACAUUGCCAAGUACGGUAUUGUCAUCCAGCAGGAUUACGAGAACGGCUCCCCCACCGGCAAGCCCACCACCGGUGUCCCGAUCACCGACCUCAAGGUCUCUGGUGUUACCGGCUCCGUUGCCUCCGGCGGUAUCAACACCUACAUCCUCUGCGGUAAGGGUUCUUGCUCCAACUGGAAGUGGUCCGGCAACAAGCCCACUGGCGGCUCCAAGAAGGCCACCUGCCAGAACAUCCCCUCCGGCUCCGGCGCUGCUUGCUAA